AUGAGACUACCCAUGGCGUUGCUACUGAAACCUCGAAGCAGAAUUCCACUGCGGUAUGUACAAAUAUAAAUAUGGUUAUAUGGUUUAUGCUGCAAUAAAAUUAUAUAAUGUACAACAUUUCAGUUUGAUAUUAUACUAACACCGCAUUUGCUGUUACCUAGAGCUGUGCGUAGAGUAAGACUACGGAAUAUCCAACGACAGCAAAGCGGCCAUUGCAAAAAUCGUCAAAGAAAUGUCGAAGAGCAAAUUCGUGCAAAUCGACAAGAGUUGCAGGUGAUGCAAGUCCGUUUGGAAUCAAUGAACAUAAUCGUACCGGAAUUACCUGAGAUUGGAAGGUAUAAAGUCGUCUGUGGUAAUUUUCAUCACCGAGGACACAGAAAUCAACAAACUAAACCAUGUAUCAUGGAAAGAUGCUCGUCAUUUACGUACUGCGGCAUUAAGGAUAAACAUCCGGAAUAUACUUCUGAAAUGAAUCGAAUGAAGUGCGCCAUAGAAAAAAAGAGCGACGCUAUUAAACAACUUGAAGAAGAAUUGGAAGGCAUUAAUAAUUUCCAAAGCCAGAGUGAGCACCAUUUUAUAAAAGCUUUUACCCCAAGAAUGAUGAAUACAGGUAAAGCAACUGGUGCAGACGAAAUUCCAGCUAAAGCUUUAAAAAUUGCCGCACCAUACAUAAGUCAAGUGUUAACUAAGAUCUUUAACACAUCCUACCAAAACGGACAUUACCCUUCCCUAUGGAAAGUAGCUCGGGUUAUCCCCCUUUUUAAGGGUGGGUGUAGAACUGAACGGGAUAAUCAACGACCAAUAUCGGUAUUACCAUGUGUCUCGAAGAUACAUGAAUCUUUUGUUAAUUCAGAUCUUCAGGAAUUUGCGUGGGAUAAUGGCUUAAUUAAACCAAACCAACAUGCCUAUGCAAAAAACUCGUCCACAACAGUUGCGCUUAUCAUGCUGGUCGACUCAUGGAAAUUAGCCAUUGACAAAGGAGAGAAGUUAGUCUGUGCAUUUCUGGACCUUAGGAAAGCGUUUGACACUAUAAAUCAUAAAGUUCUCCUAAAUAAGCUUAUGAAAUAUGGUGUGAAAGACAGAGAGUAUGAUUGGUUCGCCAACUGUCUCCCAG